CCCAGGGCUUCAUGCAUGCAAGUGGAUAUUCACAAGGAUUGUCUUCAGUCAUGGCCUUGGGAUUAAAGUGUUUCCGCUUGACCCAUCCUGCCUUUUGCAAUUACUUUACAACUUUGACCAGACCCAUUUCAGAAAUCACAGUGAAGACAAUUAGUGGAAGACAACCUGGCCAUAGGCAGUACAUGGCCUAUACAGUUGUACCAGUUCGACAUUUUGCCACCAAGAAAGCCAAAGCCAAAGGGAAAGGACAGUCCCAAACCAGAGUAAACAUUAACACAGCCUUGGUUGAGGAUAUAAUCAACUUGGAAGAGGUAGAUGAAGAAAUGAAGUCUGUGAUGGAAGCACUCAAGGACAACUUCAAUAAGACCCUCAACAUAAGGACUUCACCAGGAUCCCUUGAUAAUAUUACUGUGGUAACUGCUGAUGGGAAACUUGCUUUAAACCAGAUUGGCCAGAUCUCCAUGAAGUCACCACAGUUGAUUUUGGUGAAUAUGGCCAGCUUUCCAGAGUGUACAGCUGCAGCUAUCAAGGCUAUAAGAGAAAGUGGAAUGAAUCUGAACCCAGAAGUGGAAGGGACGCUAAUUCGGGUUCCCAUUCCUAAAGUAAGCAGGGAACACAGGGAAAUGCUGGUGAAACUGGCCAAACAGAACACCAACAAGGCGAAAGACUCUUUACGGAGGGUACGCAGCAACGCAAUUAAUAAGCUGAAGAAAUCAAAGGACAAGACCUCAGAGGAUACCAUUAGAGUCAUAGAAAAGCAGAUCAGCCAAAUGGCCGAUGACACAGUCGCAGAGCUGGACAAGCAUCUGGCGGUGAAGACCAAAGAGCUCCUUGGAUGAAGGUCCAUCAGACCCCAGCCGCACACCAGAGCCAGGCCUCGGGUGGGUCCCCUCCCACUCCUUCCAUCCACACAGAAGGUUGUAGCUAUGUGGAGGCCCAGCCAUCCUUUGGGGUGCUGAAAUUCAUUCCUUCUCCCCCUCCUUCCCCUCAGCUCCACUGUUCUGCUAUGAGCCUUCUGGUGUGGAGAACGAGGGUGCCAGUGGUGAAGAGCCUUUCCUCAGGCAAUUGCCUUGUCUGUGACCAUUGACGGGGUAGCACAAAUGCUUCCUCAUUUCAGGAAUCUUCUUUUCAGUGAAUUGGGCCCUGUCUCUGUUUGGACUGAUGUGAGCCUGGAACCCCUUUGUUCAAGGCCCAUCUUCAUCAAAUCGUAAAAUCUAAAUAAAAUUUAAAAGUGACUACAAAGAAAAAGAUACAGUCUGAAUGGGUAAUCUCUAAAAACAAUCUGUAUAUAAAGCAAUGAUGUUUUCGCCUCUGGAUCAUCUUCACCUAUGUUCUGCUCUCUGUCUAGACCACUCUCUCUCCUCACCAUCCUGCCCUGUUCAGCUUGGAUGUCAUGUCUUUUUGGUCCCCUAACCUAGGCUGUCAUAGCUUAUUAGUGCUGUCUUUAUUUGAACCCCAGUCUGUUUCUUGGCCUCACACCUAGAGAGAGGAACACCUAGAGAGAGGAACAUGUUUAGGCAUUCAUUUAUUUGUAUUGUGAGUAAAUGGUGCAUAGUUGCUACUCAACAAAUAAUGGUUACU